CAGCCAAGCAGCAAUUUUCGAUCCCUGUCCCAUUGUCCACACUGCCGGUAUCCAAAAACCGGCCCGGGCUGACUCGCACAUGGUCGCAGAGGAGGGCAAGGGGAUGGGCAAAGAUGAAAGCUCUUUGUCUCACUUCUAUGAGAAGCUCGGCUCGGAGCAGAAGAAGAGCCUCGCCGCCGCCGUCACCGAGAAGUUACAAGGUAUCAUCGGCGGGUAUGGCGAACUGAGCGUCUUGGUGGAGUAUAUCUCAGUGAUGUUGCAGUCCUCCCGGCCCAAGGAAACCAUCCAAACGGAGCUGGAGGCCUUCUUACAAGAUGAGAGUGGGCCCUUCACCACUUGGCUUUGCCAAAAGCUGGAGAAGAUGACUGAGAGCGGCAAAACGCGGCGCCGCAAGCGGGACGAGGAUCCUGGCGCCGCACCCAAAGACGAAGCAGCGCGAAAGGCUAAAAAGGAAAAGAAGGCCGCCGCUGCCGCGGCCGCGGCUGCCGCGGCUGCCGCUGCCGCCGCCUCCGCCGCGG